AGUUCUUCUGAGGUUGUCCAAUGAAAACACAGGAUGAAGAAGAAGCGACACUCCUGCUAGAAGCUUAGUUUGGACUCGGUUAUCUUUCAUGCAGUCACCUGUGUUUCACUGCCUUCAUGUCUGUGAGCUCAGCACGAACUUGCGGUUGGCAAAGCAGGUUAAGUCCAAAAUAAAACACGAACAGCGAAGCUGGUUUUGAAGUAUGCCGGUGGUGUGAGGUUGGCCAGUGUUAGCACGGAGCUAGCUGCUGUUAGUUUGUUUUGCUAACGCUGAGUUAACCCUGCAGGAUGGCUGCUGAGCUCUAUAUCCACUAAUGAUGCUCAGCAGCUAACCUCGGCGUCCGGAUUUCGAUUUGCAAUAUAUAAAUCAAAACAUCCGAGUCAGUCCAGUUUCCAGCAGCAGACGCUUGUGCUGGGUUAGCCGUUAUCAGUGGAUGUGAAACCUGAAGCUACCGGCAUCCACGGCAUGAUUCAUUCGGUUGUUUGAUGGGGAUUUUAAGGAUCAUGAUGCUGCCGAAGAUCCAGCUAUUGGCUGUUUUGGCAUUCGGAGUGGCGAUGCUCCUGAUCGAGAAUCAGAUCCAGAAACUGGACGAGUCCAGAGCCAAACUAGAACGCACCAUAGCCAGACACGAGGUGGCCGAAGUAGAGCAGCGUCACAGCGAAUACGGGGGUGGGCGGGAACUUCCGCCGAUAGUAGAAAACGACGACACGGUCAUCAUCUACAACAGAGUGCCCAAAACAGCCAGCACGUCCUUCACUAACAUCGCCUACGACCUGUGUGGGAAGAAUCGCUUCCACGUUCUGCACAUCAACACAACCAAGAACAACCCUGUCAUGUCUCUGCAAGACCAAGUGCGCUUUGUCAGGAACGUCACCUCAUGGAGAGAGAUGAAGCCCGGCUUCUACCACGGCCAUGUAGCUUAUCUGGACUUCUCAAAAUAUGGCGUGAAAGGUAAACCACUGUACAUCAAUGUGGUGCGUGAUCCCAUAGAGCGCCUUGUAUCGUACUACUAUUUUUUACGUUUUGGAGAUGACUACAGACCAGGCCUUCGACGAAGGAAACAAGGAGACAAGAAGACCUUUGAUGAGUGUGUGUCAUCAGGUGGGUCUGACUGUGCUCCGGAGAAACUGUGGUUGCAGAUCCCUUUCUUCUGUGGUCACCAUUCAGAGUGCUGGAACGCGGGCAGUAGAUGGGCUCUGGAACAGGCCAAAUACAACCUGGUAAACGAGUACCUGUUAGUGGGAGUAACGGAGGAACUCGAGGACUUCAUCAUGAUCCUGGAGGCAGCACUCCCACGCUUCUUUAAGGGAGCCACAGAUCUCUACAGAACAGGAAAGAAAUCCCACCUAAGGAAGACCACAGAGAAGAAGCCCCCCACCAAAGAGACAAUAGCCAAGUUGCAGCAGUCAAACAUCUGGAAAAUCGAAAAUGAAUUUUACGAGUUUGCACUUGAACAGUUUCAGUUUGUGCGUGCCCACGCCGUCAGGGAAAAAGACGGAGAACUCUUUGUCCUUGCACAGAGCUUCUUCUAUGAAAAGAUCUACCCCAAAGUGAACUAAAAGUGUCAACAGAAAAGCAUUAACAAAGCUGCACAGGGACAAGUCGUGUACACUGGGAAAGUACGAGACAUUAAGCGGUGCUGGUUUCACUGGGGUCUAGCUGGGAAAUCCUUUCAGACACUGUGGUGGAAUUUCUACUUUUUUUAUUGCUAGUGCAGAUGUUGAGAAAACUAAGGUGUCAGUCUAUACUGUGAGAAAGAAUUUCCCAAACCUUAAGACAAGAAGGGUUUUUUUACCAUGUUUGAUGUUUGGGUGGACUUUCAAAAUAAAAGCAGGAAACCUCAACUACUUCAGCAGCUUCAAAACAGUGUUUAAAAAAAGAGAAAAGAAAUCCGUUUACAUGGUUUAUGCAUUUUUAUCAAUUAUACACCAAAUUUCCAGUGAACCAGCACUUGUUUACAAAGUGCAGAUGGUCACGGCUAGAUUCGUAGAUGCUGUGUUAACAUGUUUUUGGACCAAAUUGUAGCAAAAGAAAACAGAUUGGAUCAUUGCAUCCUUUGGUGCGUGACUGGUAAUUUUUUAUUCCACUGAGAUCUUCUCAAUUUUUACAUGUUUCACACAUUAUUUCAUCAAUUUAUCACAGAUAUUAAUGUGCAUGUUUUUUCUUAAAAGACAGCUGCUGUUCUUUUGGGUUUUUUUUAGUCUGAAGGACAACCUGGAGUAGGAGAAAGGUACUAAUGACUAACAGCUGGAAUGUUUGAGUACAGUAUUACUGCAAGCAAGAAGAAACUGAUAGUGCCUUUAUAUUAAUGUACAGAACAUUUCUUUAAUAUUAUUUUUCCUCUGAUCCCACAUUCACUUUCCUUUUAUUUUGGCGCAUUGCUUCUAUGAUUACUGUUGUUUUCCACUCUCCACAGUAACACUCUGAAUAUAAACAAAUAACUGCAAGUUUGUGUGAUGAAUUUUGUGAAUAAGUUUGGUUGGCUUUUAAAAAGUGAUUUACUUGUUUUAUGCAACUUUAACCAAAUGAUACAGUCCUAGUCAGCAGUCCUGAAACCAGAGCCGCAUUUAGACCAGAGUUCUGUAGUAUGAAAUGACUUCGACAUACCCAGGAUAUAUUUCACAUACUGUAACAGUGGCAAUCAAGCUAUAAGCAGUAACACAAAAGUGUUGAUAAACUCCAUCCAAGCUAUGAGCACGUUCAUAUGAAAGGGGUGUUGGCAGUGCGUCUGAGAUGUAGACAAGUCCACUGACAGCAGAGUGAGGGAUUUUUACAAAGGAAGAUAAAACUAUAACAUUACAGUAGCAUGAAGAAAUUACACAAAUAACACACGUUGAAAGUGGCACAGCUGCUGCAGACACAUCAGCAGUGUGAGUGUCUUGAACAGGAAAAGCUCUGUGUAAAUGUUUAUGGACUUUGAACGGUAAAGCUAGAAAGGAGCUGCUGUAUUAAUGAAAUGUAACAAAUUUCAAGCCAGGAAAGAAAGCCGCAAAAUGCAGACUGUGAAAGUUGACUGUGUAUUAAUACUCUGUGUAUUAAUACUGGAUUAUUUCAUUAAAAUGGAUAUUUACAUGAGUUUAAGAUAGUUUCAGAAUUCAAAUCUAUUAAAA